GAAGUUCGGUUAAUGAUGUAUAAAUUCAUUAAAUGCCAACUUCUAAUCUUGUGGCUACUUGUUUUUUUGCAGUCUAAUUCUAGGAGCCAUGCUCAAUCAUGUUUCGAUGAGCACUUGGUCCAAAGAGUAGUUCAAAUAUUUAAAUCUAACAUCUGUUUGCCUUCAAGUACUGUUCCUAAAGAUGGGCGGAAGUGUCAAGAGAAUAGCACAAAAUCUAAUGUUAUCAAGGGUGACAUAGGGACAGGUACAGGACAUAGGCGAAAACAGGCAUUCUUUCCAGGUGCCCUUGGAUCAGAUGGAAAUGGGGCAUCUAAAAAGUCUGAGUUUAGUCUGGGGAAAGAAGUAGUUUCAUCUUGUGAUUCUGUAGCUACAGAAUCAUCUCUGGAUGAUCAGAAUGUGAGAAGAAGUACCACUGCUCUGAUGGAAAAUGUUAAUGUGAAUAGGAGCAUCGAUAAGGAACAUUCUAAUCAUCCCAGUAAAUACAAGUUCACACGUGAGAGUAGUGCGGAUAUACUAACUGAACUCUUGGAAACUGAUAGCGGGGAAACUUUAACUGAUGAGUCGCUGAAGGAAAGGGUAAGGAAUACUAUGAUUUGAAUGCUUUGAUUGACUUGCAAAUGCCAACUCAAGUUAGAAACUUUGAAGAAAGCUCUGUUUCUGCUUUGGUUUAACUAGCUCAGUAGCUCCUGCUCAAGAAAAAUCUUUCGCUAGGUUAAGAAUAAAUAGAGUAAUUUACGAACUAGCUUUUGUUCUAUUUGUUUGAGGAUGAUCCAAAUUCGACUACCCCCUCCCAGAUAAGGAAAGAUCGACUACAACAUUUUAUAGGAGCUGUCUGUGUUGAUCUCCUACGUAUUUAUGACUAUUAUUAGAUUGAUCAAUAUUU